AAUUGAUCCGACAGCAAAUUUCGUUUGCAGCAGCGCUUCACAGAGAAUUUACAAUGGCUUCGCUGGCAAACAAAGGAUCUUCGUUGGUUUCGACCCUCAUGGCCCAGGCUCGUCCGAAGCUGAACGUGUUCAUGAAGUACGCCAAAGUCGAGCUGACGCCUCCGUCCCCUGGCGACAUCCCUGCCAUCCGUGACGGCAUUGCUCGCAUCGUGUCGGGAGCGCGUACCGGAGCCUGGAAGAAUCUGACCGUUCGCGAAGCCUGGCUGAACACGCUGAUCACGAUGGAAGUGUGCUUCUGGUUCUACGCCGGCGAGUGCAUCGGCAAACGCCACCUGGUCGGCUACGAGGUCUAAACGGCGUAGCGCCCAUUUUGUAACCGGAACGUAGAGAGAGCACCUUCCGAGCGAGAAUGUCAACAUCAAUUCCUGAAUAAUGCAACAGCAGUACUCUUAAACGAAAACACUAGAACAAGC